CCCUGUCAAUACCCAAGCAUGGCUGACGCGGACAGCCAGAGAUGUGUGAGUGCUUUUCUUUUACUGUCUAUGUGCUUUACUGAACGGAAUCACACAGAGACUCUAUCACGGUAAUACCGAGAUCACGGAGGAGCUUCUGAAGAAUGAGCUGUACGCGGAGAUGACGGAGAUGACGCAGAACGAGUUCCGCGCGCUGCAUGACAAGAUGAGACAUGGAUCAGGCGCAGCUGGAAGCGUUCCUCACGGCGCAGACGCGGAAGCAGGGCGGCGGUGUGACCCUGGAGCAGGUGGCUGCUCUGGGGCGCUUCUGGAAGGCCCACCGGACGCGUGUAUGAGAGAGUCUGCUGACUCAGAGCCGCCAGGAGCCCGGCCUCAGGGGCCUGAAGUGGAGGGUGGACCUGCACACGUCUGCCAGCAGGGGGCAGGUGUCCCUGGUGGAGCUAGAGCUCGGCCGCGCAGGACAGGUGGUAAGGGCAUCUUCAAGAUGAACAGCAGCUGGAAGACCACCAAGCUGCUGGGAUUGCUGAUGUUAGCCAACAUCCUCAUCUACGUCGUGGUGGAAGUGUCCCGAAGCUACGGGCAGGGCCGAGACAUGUACAGGCGAGGGAAACUGACGCCCAAAAAGUUCUGGAAGACGCCGGAAGUCAGUCUGGCGUUCUGGAAUCGCAUGCAGGACCGGCUCGAUGACAUCUACUACCUGCCACUCGCAAACGGCAGCGAGCCCCCUCCGGACUUUCAGGGAAUCCCACGUUGGCUGAACCGCACGAGUCCUUGCCAGCCGGACAGCAGGGUGACGACAGAGAUCGAAGACUUUAAGUCCCUACCACAGCGAUUCCAGGACUUCUUGUUGUACAUGGGAUGCAGGUCGUACCCCUUGAUAACGGACGCACCCAACGUGUGUUCUGAACCGCCGUACCUCUUGCUUGCAGUGAAGUCCAUUGCGGCACAUUUCGACCGACGGCAGGCCAUACGGGAAUCAUGGGGACGCGCUGGGAUCCUCGACGGCCGGCGCAUUGUGACGGUGUUCCUACUUGGCAGCAUGGCAGCAACGGACCACUUCCCGAACUUGUCGGACAUGGUCAAGCACGAAUCGGCGUUGUACGGCGAUGUCCUGCAGUGGGAUUAUCGAGACUCGUUCUUCAAUCUCACUUUAAAGGAAGUCCUCUUUCUGGAGUGGUUUGGAACUCAUUGCGCUUCUGCAAAGUAUGUGUUCAAAGGUGACGACGAUGUUUUCGUCAAUACGCAGCAUAUACUGGCUUACCUGGGCAAUGUUUCCAAGACACAGGACCUUUUUGUUGGCGAUGUGAUCGCCAAUGCUGGACCACACCGGACCAAACACCUCAAGUAUUACAUCCCCGAGAGCGUGUUUCGAGGAAUUUACCCACCGUACGCCGGAGGCGGAGGCUACCUGUAUUCUGGGAAUCUGGGGCUGCGGUUAAGAACGAUCUCGCGUCUGGUCACGUUGUACCCGAUAGACGACGUCUACACUGGGAUGUGUCUGAAGAGACUGGGACUAGUACCAGAGAAACACAUGGGCUUUAAGACCUUUGACAUUGAGGAGAAGCACAGAGAGAAUCCUUGUGCGUACAAAAGUCUGAUUCUGGUCCAUCCCAGGAGCCCACAGGACAUGAUAAAGAUCUGGUCUUGGAUUAAUGACCCAAAAGCGGAAUGUUACAUCGCGCCUACAACGAAGGGUGCAGUGCGACGCAACAAAAUCAAAUAGAACCCAAUGACAGUAAAACUGAAGCCCUGUUCGAUUAUUGAUGUACAGCUUACAAAAAAGUGUUCCCAUUAAGUUAUAAAAACUAUAUUUCUGAAUGUUCUGCAUUACCCGCGGUACGGAAAUAAUGAGUAAUAAAACAUUAAAAUAAUAUGGGAAGAAACACCAGUUUGCAAUAUCAAGCAGCACAACAAGCUGUUUUGUAAAGCUAUAAACAGCUGGAAGGAAAUGACACCCAUAAAACAACAAGCCAGACCUAUAAAAUUUACAAAUGGCCGAGCCCGCGCUUAUGGAAGAAACAGUAUGAAAAAGAUUUAUUCUUGCUUACGCAAUCAUUAAGGGAACAUUCCACUGAAUCAAAUGUCAUAGGAAUGUUUAUUUUUGAAUGCUCUUUGAACAUUCUAAAAGAAGUUGUAACAUUUAAAAAACAUUAGAUGGAACUUCCAGUUUAAACAUUACAGUAAGUAAGUUCAGUGAAUGAGCUAAUGUUUCCGUGCUAACGUUCUGAGAUCAUCAAUAAAGCCCAGAGAACUUUAGACAAAUGUUCUACUGUAUGCAUGUUACUGGAAGAACAUUUGAGAGAACCUUGCUAGAACAUUCUGAGAACAUUCCCUGUCAGCUGGGACAUACUUACACACAUUCUUUCACUUUGAUGCAAUGAAUCACGUUUAUUUACUCAAAAUGAGUUUUAUAUGGUGCACUAUGAUGCAUCUUGACAAAAAAUCAGGGUGCAUUUUCAUAAUAGAAAGAGCGAGUCUAAUAUGUUUGUGUAUUUUUAUGUUGUUGUUUUAAUUUAUAUGUGCACAUUGGUGUGUGGAAGACUAUGGCUGAGCUGUUUCUCUUGCAUUAAACCUCUAUAUUCUCAGGAAGCUGCUGUUUGAUCAUUCUCCAACUACACUAUCAGCAUCGGGAUAGUAAUAGAAGUUUUAUUACUUUAUAUUCUGUUUGUGCAAGUAAGCUGUGACCUUUGUACCUUUGUUGUAUUGCAACAUGCUGUAGGACACUUACACCACAUGCAGUGAACUAAACCAGUCUCCAAAGUGUAAAGUCAAAAUCCAAAUCAAUUACUGUAAACAUCUUCUUUAACUCCAUAUGGAAGAUGAGCACAAAGGAUCUCCAUGUCAUAUUUUAUGUGAAGUUCUGUAAUGUGUUCAAUAUGAGUGCAAAUGUGUGAUUAUGGAUAGAAUUAGAUUGUCCUGAAAACACAGGAAAUAGGCUUGAUGAGUGAAACGUAUCAUUCCAGGUAAGCAGUGUUAUGUACAUAUAGCAGGUAAUAAAGUUAUGUUGAUAAUUGGACGUAAUGUUGCAGUUUUUGUAUCACAUGGCCCUCACUCAUUUUCAAACUGAGGUCAUUUGUUUGAGAU